AUGACCUUGGGGGUACAAGGCAAGAGGUCACUUUUACUGGUUUUAACAACCUUUCUUCUCGUUUUAUCUAUUGCCUCUUUCGUGUUGAGGAUCUUUGCAAAACUUUAUACCGUUGCCAGAACACAAUACGAAGAUUGGUUUAUGGGUGUUGCGUUACUGUUUAGUCUGGGCACUCCUAUCUAUGAUUUAUAUGGAUUGAGUGUAGGGCUGGGAGAGCAUCAAGCGAACGUUUCUGUAGACGAUCAGAAACGUCCAAGUUCUGUUCGUAGUCUGGUAUUCAUACCAUCCAGCCAGCAGCUAAUUACUUUAAAAGUCAAUAUGGAUGAUUCAAAGACUUCAAUCAUUCUGUCUUUUCUGCCUCAAGACUUUCCUGAUCCUACUCUACAUCCGCUUAUUUCCUACAACAAAAUCCAGAAAAUUUGCUUGGGCUAUCUGGAUCUAUACGCUAUUAUGGACGAUUGCAGCUUUGGGAGCAUCGAUUUUGAAUGCACUCCCGUGUCUUUUUUUUUUUUGAACAAAGACCAACAAGGCCAUUGCAUCCCAAAUGCGUUAAGAACUGUAUCUUUUACGAAUGGUUUUUUGAGUUUUCUCGGGGAUUGUGUGAUUCUCUGUAUGCCAAUACCUAUGAUUUGA